CACAGCUCUGACUCACUCUACAUGUUAAAACAAAGAAAUUUCCGCGCGGUCUGCCAAUGGACUGUGGCAGUCUCAGAGGUAUUGCAGAUGAAGUGGAUUGUGGGAUCUCUGCCUUUAUCAAUUGGGAGUUGACCCCGAUCGGUGGUUCAUUGAAAAGCUGUCCUGAAGACUUUGUGGUGGAGGAGCUGCCUCUCGAAGAUUUUGAGGAAGAAGCGUCUGACGCUUUGCCUUUCCUGCGAUUUCGUUUGACCAAGCGCGGCCUAGAUACCCUAGAGGCGGUGGAUGCGUUGGCGAAUGCAUGUCACCUCUCCGCGCAGAAGUUCGGCUUCGCGGGGAUCAAAGACUCCUUCGCUAUCACCACGCAGGAGAUCACCGUGGAGGCCUCCGCGAUUUCUGAGGCGGCUCUACGCAACGUGGUGAAGGAGCAUUUGCCCUACAUGGAAGUGAACCACUUCCGUCGUUGUCCCAAAAGGUUGGUUCCGGGGCAACUGAAAGGAAACCGUUUCAUCUUGCGUGUGCGAGGUGUCAGUCCCUCGGCGGUGCCAGCUGCGAUGGAGUCCUUGCAGUCCAGGGGUUUCAUCAACUAUGUGGGCAUGCAGCGAUUUGGGAAAGGAGGUUUGCGCAGUGACCAGUUGGGCUUGGCUUAUUUACAAAAAAACUAUGAGCGUUGUGUGGACCUUCUCCUGCGCCAAGCCGGAGAUGACACGGUGAGCCUGGGCCCGGGCCGUUUGCCCAAGUGGGCCGAGGUUUUCCGCCGCACCCACAGCGCGGACGCGGCCUUGCGGCGGCUGCCGGUGGAAGGUGUUUGGGCGGAACGGCGGCUCUUGCAGUCCUUGAAGCGGCGCCAAGAACUUGAUGGCGGCACUGCCGGCGGCACUGCCGGCCGCAUGGUGGGUCAUGGGGCGCCCAAGAAGGGUGGUGAAGGCAGCUGGCUAGAAGUCGCCAAGGAGGCUUUCUUGGCUUUGCCUCGCUCCAUCCGUGCGCUCUACGCGCAUAGCUACGUGGAUCGGCUCUGGAAUUUGGCAGCAACCGAGCGGAUCACACGAUAUGGAGCAGAGCACCUCACAGAAGGAGAUUUGAUGUCUUCUGAGGGGAACUUCAGGCUCCUAACUCCAACUGAUGCCGUUGCAGAUAUUUUUCAGCUCCUCCUUCCACGUCCAGGCUCAGGCAUGCAGCUGCCGGCGAACACCGUUGGCCACUUCAUGCAGAGCUAUUUGCAGUAUGACAGCCUUCAAUCUGAGGAGCUGAAUCUAGAACAGCCUGGUGGCACCUGGUGGCAACUCACCGGCUGCAUGCGUCCAGUGGUGGUGCGGCCACAGCAGUUCACUUGGCACCUGGAAGUCAACACCGACGAGCAGCCUGCGACUCUGAUCCGUGCAGCUUGCAGCAAUGGAAGCACGGAACCCGCCAGGGUCACUCGGGCGACGAACCACUUUAGCCGGGUCCGAGCAAAGAAGGAGGCACCAGGGUCAAAUCUGAUCUUGGACUUCCACUUGGGCCCUGGUCAAUAUGCCACCAUGGCCAUGCGCGAGGUGAUGCGAGCACGGUCGGCCCCAACGCCUCGGCAUAUCGUUUUCAGCAGUUCGAGCGGUGACGACGUGGAACCGCGAGCGGAACGAACCGCGAAGCGCCGGACUUUGGAAAAGACGGUGGAACGCGCGAAGCCGCGCCGUGGAACCCAUGAGCAUCGGUUUCACUGAAACAGAGGUUGCUUUGCCUUGCUUCAUUGCAAAUUGACUUAGGAGAUCUUAGGAGUGUGAUAGUGUACCACGGUGACAGUGAAGAUUUGAUUAAUAGACGUCAUGAGCAGAAUCUCUAGUGUUGGCUUCAAUCCUUGGCUUCUUCUUUUGUUCUGUUUUUUCUUCGUUGGUCCAGAUUCAAUCGUUGGCUAACGAAGAAGCAAGUCCAUGUCUUCCAUGUGAUUCCAUAUGACCAGGUCGGUCUACGGUCGCCCGUGUUCGAUGAAGAACUGCAUGUCGCCCGUGUUCUGAGCA